UCAAAUGAUAAAAGAAAUGAAAGUUGAACAUAACCUUAAAUUGACGAUUUGAUUUUAAAUUUUGAUAAUCGAAAGUUAAUAUAAUUUUGUUUUAUUAAAAAAUGAAUAAAAUACUAAGACCGUUAUUUAGAUCAACGAAUAAUUCGCCUUUUAAAGAAUUUAUAAGACUGAAGGGCCACAGUAAAUGGCAAAAUAUUAAACAUACAAAAGCUAAACAGGAUAGUGAAAAGUCCGCAAUGAUAAUGAGAUAUUUGAGACAAAUAAGAGCAGCAAUAGCAGCUAAUGGUGAAGCGAAUCCAAAUAAAAAUUUAAAAUUAUCUUAUUGGAUAGAUGAAGCAAAAAAGAAACAAGUACCAAAUGGAACAAUUACAGCGUAUCUUGAAAAAUUUCAACGUACAAAAACAAAAGAUCACAAUUUUCAUAUUAGUGUUCAAGGUCCAGAUGGAUCUUUCUUUAUAUUUCAAUUAGUAACAGAUAAUUUAGCAACAACUAAAAUUACUAUUAAUCAUCACGUCAAGAAAUGCAUGUGUAAAUUAACAGAUGGAUCAAUAAAUUCAGUAUUUAAUCAAGAGGGUCAUAUUUUAAUGGAAAAAACUAUAGACAUCGAUGCAGCAACUGAUGUCGCAAUAGAAGUUGGAGCAGAGGAUGUUUCGGAAAUUGAACAGGAUGAUAAAAUAUAUCUCAAGUUUACUUGCAAUCCCUUGCACUUAAUGGUGGUGAAAAAUAAUUUACUAAAAAAAGGAUUUAUUAUUAAAUCUGCGGAAGAACAAUUUGUUCCACAUUCAUUAGUUGAAAUAAGUGAUGAAGGCAUUGAUGUUGUUACUAAACUUAUUGAUAGGAUGAGAUCAAUGGAAGAAUUUGUUCAAGCUUAUGAUAAUAUUGCAUAAAAAAUAGUGCAAAUUAUUUUUUUGUAAAUAUAUUAGUUUAUAAAACUUAUAAUAUAACUUGUUUAUUAAAUAAACGUAAAUUGGUUUAAAAAAAA